UAUAUAUGUGUGUGUGUUUGUGCAUAUAAAUAUGAGUCACCACCACUAUCUCUUUAUCUAUUGAGUCAAACGGAGAAGCAAGAACACAGAGAGGAGAAAGGAAAAAGGAUCUUCGAGAUCAAUGGGAGUAGAAAGGGGAAGUGGUAAGGCUCUGAAGAAGAUGUUAAAGAGAUGUUCGAGUUUGGGGAAGAAGAGCAACGUCGACGUUAACUUUAACGGCGUCCCCAAAGGUCACUUCGUCGUCUACGUUGGUCACUCUAGAUCCCGACACGUCAUCCCCAUCUCCUUCCUCACGCACCCCAUCUUCCAGAUGUUGCUGCAACAGUCUGAGGAAGAGUUUGGGUUCUUUCAAGACAAUGGCCUAACCAUCCCUUGUGAUGAACACUUCUUUCGAUCUCUCAUUUCCUCCGUUAAUCCUUAACGUGAGACAGAUAUAAUAUGAAGAAGAUCAUAUAUGUACCUACUUGCAUGUGUAUAUCCUUUCUUCCUAAAUUAGUUCUUAUGUAUUAAUAUAGUGUAUGAUGUCCUUUGGGAGUUGUAGAGUUCACGUUACGUACGUAUACUUUUGUUUCAACCUCAUUUUCUUGGAUAUUUCUAAAACCAAAAGCGUUAUUUCGCUUCAAAUAGAGAAUCUAAACAAGGACAGAUCACACACACACAACUACAUCAUCACCUCUCUAUCAUUUCUGUAUAUUCUGAUUGGACCCCCACGGUUUUUGUCCUUUUGCAAUUAUCUAUCUCUAACGUCAACAAAUUUUUUCGCCCUCGACACUCAUGGACCCUUCUUCACCAAAUAGAGAGGCUCACUGGUCACAUAUAGCUCUCAACACACGACCAAAACUGUCAAAGUUUUGAUAUUUUUACAAUUAUUAUUCGUA